GCCUGCUCUCGUCCCUCCGUUUCAGAGCACCAGCCCACCACGGCCCACCAGGCCCGCCACUCGCGCGCCGCCUCUCCCUUUCCCUUCUUCCUCCGCCGCGCCGCCAUGUCGCCGGCCUAACCAAACCAACCCAAUGGCCGCCGCCGUCGCCGCGGCGCUACUCCGCCGCUCCACCACCUCCCCGCACCGCCGACUCAUCCUCCCGCUCCUCUCCCACCUCCACCACCCCUCGCCGCAACCCCCGUUCCCAUGGCUCCCGCCCCAGCAUCGCUUCUUCUCUUCCGCCGACACGGCCGGUGAUCCCAACCCGAAACCGCCGCCCCUUGACCCUAAGAAGCUAUGGAGCGAGCUCUCCGCCUGGGACCCCGACGCCGGCUCAUCCCGCCUCCCGAAGGCCACGUGGGACGCCGUGGUGGCCCUCGUCCGCGGCUUCGCCAAGAGCCCGGCCAUGUGCGACCAGGCGCUCGCACUCUACGUCCCCUCCUCCACCUUCCCAACCUACGUCCGCCAAUUCCGCGCGUUCCUCCUCCCGCGCCUCUCCCGGGACUCAGCGGCGCAUCUCCUCUCCCUCCCUGCCGAGGAAGCGCACGCGCUCCUCCUCCCGGCCUUCGCCGAGUUCUGCAUCGCCAACUUCGCGGACGAGCUGAAGCAGCACAGGUCGGUGAUGACCGCAGCCGACCUCACGGCGCCGCACACCUGGUACCCCUUCGCGCGCGCCAUGCGCCGCCGGAUCGUGUACCACUGCGGCCCCACCAACAGCGGCAAGACGCACAACGCACUCACCCGCUUCGCCGCCGCCAAGUCCGGGGUCUACUGCAGCCCGCUCCGGCUCCUCGCCAUGGAGGUCUUCGACAAGGUCAAUGCCCUCGGUGUCUACUGCACCCUCCGCACCGGCCAGGAGGUCAAGGAAGUGCCUUUCGCCAACCAUGUCGCCUGUACUAUUGAGAUGGUGUCCACCGAGGAGCUCUACGAAGUCGCCGUGGUUGAUGAGAUACAGAUGAUGGCCGACCCUAUCAGGGGCUUUGCAUGGACACGCGCUGUGCUUGGGCUCAAGGCAGAUGAGAUACACCUCUGCGGUGACCCUAGCGUGCUCAAGAUUGUCCAGAAGAUUUGUGCAGACACUGGAGAUGAUUUGCAGGUGCAUCAGUAUCAGCGAUUCAAGCCGCUUGUUGUUGAGGCAAAGACACUUCUUGGGGACCUCAAGAAUGUUCGCUCUGGUGAUUGCGUUGUUGCUUUCUCUCGAAGGGAGAUAUUUGAGGUGAAGCUGGCAAUUGAGAAGUUUACAAAGCAUAAGUGUUGUGUUAUUUAUGGUGCUCUACCACCAGAGACACGACGACAACAAGCAAAGCUGUUCAAUGAGCAGGAUAAUGAGUAUGAUGUGCUUGUAGCAAGUGACGCAGUCGGUAUGGGGCUGAACCUUAACAUUAGGAGGGUUGUAUUCUAUAGCUUGGCCAAAUACAAUGGGGACAGGAUGGUACCAGUUCCUGCCUCGCAGGUAAAGCAGAUUGCUGGUCGUGCUGGUCGGAGGGGCAGUGUUUACCCAGACGGACUCACAACAACUUUCUUGAAGGACGAUUUGGAUUAUUUGAUCCAGUGCCUGCAGCAGCCGUUUGAGGAGGCACAGAAAGUUGGUCUUUUUCCUUGCUUUGAGCAAGUGGAAAUGUUUGCCAGCCAGUUCCCAGACCUUACUUUCAAUGACCUGUUGGAUAAAUUUCGUGAUAAUUGCCGCAUUGAUAAGACAUAUUUUAUGUGCCAGCAGGACAGUAUCAAGAAGGUUGCUAAUAUGCUUGAGAGGGUCCAGGGGCUAUCCCUCAAGGAUCGCUACAAUUUUAUUUUUGCUCCAGUUAAUAUAAGGGAUCCAAAAGCCAUGUACCAUCUUCUAAGAUAUGCCACUCACUAUAGCCAAAGCCGUCGUGUUAGCAUUGCAAUGGGAGUGCCAAGGGAUUCUGCAAGAAAUGACACUGAGCUUCUGGACCUUGAGACAAAGCACCAGGUUCUAUCAAUUUAUUUGUGGCUCUCACACCAUUUUGAGGAAGAUAAGUUUCCUCAGGUGCAGCAAGCUGAGCAAAUGGCAAUAAGUAUUGCUGAUUUACUUGGAAAAUCACUUGCAAAAGCAUGCUGGAAGCCUGAAUCAAGACAACAACCUAGGCAGCAACGAGAAAGCAACAAUGAGUGCAAUGAGGAACAGGCAUCAAAUGACAGUGCUGAAAAUAUUUCUAAAGAUGGUUAUGAACGGCCAAGGGCACUUGCUAAAACAAUCGUGAGAUAUUCUGGAUUUUGUUCUUUGCCUCCCCUUGAUUGGAGAAUCUGAAAUAUGAACUAUCAAGUAGUAUCUCAUAGUUUUGAUCUGGUGUGUUCUUAGCCAACUUUCCUGUUCCCCAUCCUGAUUUAUCUCUGGAAAUUGUUCUUUGAUUUACAAUAUGUUCAGAGCUUGUUCUUUGUAUGAUCCUUGCUUGUGAGGUUGCUAGUGCUCCCAGUCCCAGAAAACAAGCACUUAUAAUAAAUUUGUGUCCAUCCUUAGAUAAACGAGUUUGCCUGAUGCCCUGAAGUAUAAUUGUUGCUGAUGAAUUGAUCAUGAGUUUAUUAUGGUAAAAUGCUUAUUUCUGAGUGCACUGAUUUUGUAAACAUUUUGUGGGCCUGUGAAAUAAUCGCUCCAUGAACUACUCGGAGAAGUACAUAUCUCGCUGUCACUACAAAAUCACCAGAACGAGUAACAAUUUCAUGAACCUGUAACUUAUGGUGUCUUUAGAUUUGUUUGGAUGGUCAUGAAGUAAUGACAACUGCAUAUUGUGUGACAUCAAUGGGGCAUGUCAAUGCUGAAAACAGGUUCAGCGGACGAGUUCAAACUGAAAAUAUUAUGCCCGUGCACUGUUGGCAAGCUUCAAGUUGCUAUUGCGUUAAGCCGCUAACCGCAAGAUGUGCUUAGUGUUAUUUUUUACUCUGUUGAUUGGAGCUAAUUGAGAUGUUACCAUUCAGGGAGAAGUUGCUCACAACCAGAAAAUAUUUGUCACAUAUCCAUGAUGCAUCUGGUUGAAAAAUCUUUUGAGAAGCUGUUACUUUGGUAAACAUUAAUUGCUCAUGGUUUGUAAAUUCCAUCAGUAAAGUAGCAUUAACUUUUCAGUUAACUGGUGAACUUAUAUGGUAAUAUCAUUUUCAUGUCUGGAACUCAGUGAUUUUUGUACAAGCAUCAUGCUCUUAUGCAAUUUUUGUUAGGUUAAACAAAUUGUAGUACGCCAAAUUCCCUAUCCUAUAUACACUUGACUCUUUUCAGUGUGCACCAAGCAAUGAAACAGCCAACAUUUAAUAGACCGGGUUAUGUUUUUUAUAUAUUAAUGAAACCGCCAACAUUUAAUAAACCGGGUUGUGACGACUAAUCUCACAAAAAUUUCCUGGUCAUUUCCCAAAAGGAUAACCUUCAUUACCAUUCCCCAUGAUCAUUGGUUUGAGUGAAAUACUUCCCAGAUUAGAGGGAGGUGCCUCAGAAUUUUGUUGCACCAGUUGAGGAGUUUUCCCCCAUAUGUUUUCAUUGGGAUAUCUCAGUU